UGCCGCUCUCAAGAUUUGACGGCAAAAACAUCUUGUUUUCUCCAAAAUCAAAGAAAGACCCUCUCUUUCUCUUGCAUUUGUGUUUGUGACUUUUGAUUUGUGAGAGAGAUGGAUUUCGACAGCCUUUCAAGGAGGGAGCUUCAAUCGCUCUGCAAGAAGAACAAGAUCCCAGCUAACAUGACCAAUGUUGCCAUGGCUGAUGCUCUCAAAGCUCUUGAACAUGUUGAAGGCCUUGAUGACACCUUGAUUCAAGCUGAAUCCAAUCCCCUGCAGUCUCCAGAAAAUCCCCGUACUGCAAGGAGAAAACCGAGUAAUGCUGAGCCUGGAAGCUCAAAGUGCUUGACUUCUGCUCGCCGAGCAACCAGAAGAGCAGCUGCUGAAGAGGGUGAUGAAGAAAAUAAGAACGUUGAUGUAACCAAAACUCCAGCUGCACCCACUACCCGAAGGAGGGCAACUGUCCAUUCUGCAAGGCAGAAGGUGGGGAUACAUCUGGAGGAAGCUGAUGAGGGUCCACAGAAAAGGGAUGUGGCAGAGAGUUCAGCAGUGCCAACUAGCCGACGAAGAGCACCAGCAACGUCCUCUCGCUGGAAGAUAGAUGGCCAGAAAGAUGAAGGAUCAGUGCAGAGGAUGUAUAGCACAAGGAGAUCAGUGAGGCUUUUGGAGAAGAGCAUGUCAGAGCUCAGUAUGAAGGAGCAUGGGAGACUUGAGCCCAUAAAGAUGAUUGAGGACGAGGAGAGUGAAGGGAAAAAGGAAACAUCCGAAACUAAAUUGCUGGCAAUAUCACCAGAUAGUGCACAAGAAAUUGAUGGAUUGGAGAGUUCUGGCCAAUUUUGUAAUGGCUUAUUGGAAGACAACAAGAAGGCUAAGCAUGAACUGGGUGCUGAAAAAUGUGGUGAGUUGGAGAAUUCAUUGGUUUCAGCGGUUCAAUAUCAAUAUGAAAGUGAAGGCUCCAACAAAACAGAUGUUUUCUUCGAAGAAAAUGGGGAAAACACAGCUGAUAUGAGCAAUGAAUCCAUAAAAGAAAGGGGAACGGAUCUCCUAGUUGCAAGGGUCUCAUCUGAGAUUGAGGCUUUAAAUAUGGUUUCAAAAUCAGAAACCAAUGAAGAAUUGAAUGACACUCAUGAUUUUUCAUUUGUAGAGGUGCCUGCUGUUCCUGAAGAAGUUUCUGCUGAGAUUAUGGACCAUGUUACCGAUUCUCAUUUUCCCCUGCAACAUGAGAUAAAUGAAUCAGAGAAGGGAAAACUUUAUGAAUGCGAUGAAUCUAAAUCAGUUGAGAGUCAACAAUCGGCAAGCAGUGAUCCGGAUCUUGAACCAAAAUAUUCCAUUGAUGAGGAGGCAAAAGCUGACAAAUCAGAGGAAAAACCAAGUGAAUCUCAUCAGGAGAACAGCUUUGGAGAAUUGCCCAAAGAAAAUGCUCCACUUCUUCCAGAAGAUAUUGAUUCUGUGAAGUUUGAAAGUGCAAAGGGGUCUGAGAGUACUAAAUAUUUUGUCGAUUAUGAGAAAUCUGAUGAAGUUUCACAUCAACUAGUUUCUGAGUCUUGUGAUAUGAGUGAUUUUCCUGAUGAUUCAACUGUAGAAGAUGAUUAUUCUGGUUUUGAAAGCUCUGGUAAUGAUCAAAUACAGAUUGCAGAUGAAUUUGGUGAAGAGGAAAGCAUAAACGCUGACAAUGUUGAGGCACUUUCUUAUUCAACAGAGAAGAAGCUCACUAAUGGACCAGAUGCAGAUGUUAGAGAAGAGUUGAACAUUACAAGCACAUUGUUGGAGAAGGCUUCAGAAUUUGAAUUUGUCCAGCAAAUGAGUCCCACUUGUCCUCCUAUGGUUUCUGAGGGUGAAGGAGUAGGUAGAAUUGCAUUGCCCAAGAUGGAAGCGUAUGAUUCUAGAACUUUGAUUGAUGAUAAAAAUGUAACACAAGCUGCAGAAUUUGUUACGACGAUUCAUGAAAACCCUCCAUCACUAGACAAGUCACCUUCCAGAGGUAAAGGUAUUGGACAAAAUGCACAAUUUGCUCCAGACUCCCUUCCUGGCCAGUUUCCUCGUCCAUACUUUUCAUCGGCUAAGAAACAAACGACAUUGCCAAUGAUUAUGCAAGACUCAGGCAUCAACAAAGAAAACAUUGACUUGAGUGGCUGCAAUUUGGAGGCUCAAAAAGACAAGAUGAAGGAAAAGAAUGUCAUUGAUAAGGGUGGCAAGGUUGUACUAGAGGGUGAGAGUAUAAGAAGCUUGAAGAAGAUGUUGAAAAAGAAAUUGACGAUUACUGGAAGUGCAAAGGAAAAAGACCCUAAUGUCACCAAGGAGGAGGGGAAGACCAGACCGGCCUUGCAGAUGGUGCCUGAGAAUUGCAUGCCUGUUGCUGACUCUCUGGAGAUAUGAAGUGCCAUAUAGUGUGAGAGAUGAAAAAUGUUGAAACUAUGAGGAAGAAGACCCACUUCGCAUUGCUUUUUUUGUUAAAUUUUUGUUCUAAAGAGGGGAAGAGUGUGUUUGCAACAUUCUUCAUGACUUUUUUGCUUCCAUUUUGUUUCAAUAAGACUCAAUUGAAAUCACUACUUUGAUGUGUUAUCUCUA